AUGGCCAAGAAUGAUGUUGUGAUUCAGAGCCAAGCAGCCUCCUUGAGAAACCUUGAGAUUCAAAUGGGGCAAUUGGCUAAUGAAUUGAAGAAUAGACCGCAAGGCACCUUUCCAAGUGACACCGAAAAUCCAAGGAGGGAUGGCAAAGAGCAGUGCAAAGUGGUGACUUUGAGGAGUGGAAAAAAUCUGGAGUUAAAUGAGGAGAAAGAUAAGCGAAAAAACGAGCCCACUUCAAUCCAAAUUGGUGAAGAGAAGAGGGAAAACUCAGCAAGUUCAGCUGCUGAAAUUACCCAGAAUGCUACAGCAUCAGUUCAGCAAUCUGUUACAGAAAAGGUUUUACAUAAACCACCUCCACCAUUUCCUCAACGAUUCAAAAAGCAGCAGCAGGAUGGUCAAUUCAGGAAAUUUUUGGAUGUUUUAAAGCAGCUCCAUAUCAACAUUCCAUUGGUAGAAGCAUUGGAGCAAAUGCCAACUUAUGUGAAGUUCUUGAAAGAUAUUUUGACAAAGAAGAUGAGGCUUGGUGAGUUUGAAACAGUUGCUUUGACGGAGGGUUGUAGUGCAAUGUUAAAAAGCAAGAUUCCUCCUAAAUUGAAAGAUCCAGGCAGCUUUACAAUUCCAUGUUCAAUUGGUGGAAGAGAUGUGGGAAGAGCUCUAUGUGACUUAGGUGCUAGUAUUAAUCUAAUGCCUAUGUCAAUUUUCAAAAAGCUAGGCAUUGGGGAAGCUAGACCAACCACAAUUACUUUGCAAUUGGCAGAUCUUUCUAUGGCACACCCGGAAGGAAAAAUUGAAGAUGUUCUAGUGCAAGUUGAUAAGUUCAUUUUUCCGGCCGAUUUCAUCAUUCUUGAUUAUGAAGUGGAUAGAGAUGUUCCUAUUAUCUUGGGUAGGCCAUUUCUAGCUACUGGGAGGACCUUGAUUGACGUGGAAAAAGGGGAGCUCACAAUGAGAGCUCAAGAAGAACAGGUAACUUUCAAGGUAUUCAAUCCUAUACGCUCUCCAGAUGAAGUAGGAGAUUGUUUUGCCAUCACUAUCAAGAACUCUAAGGUAUAA